GACCCUGCAGCGUUUAUCACUCUUUUGAUCGAGGGUUCGAAGGGUUUCGUCUUAUUUUCCUGUCUUCUUCUUCUUCUUCUUGUUCUCUCUCUUCCUCCUCUUCUUUUCUCUUUUUUUUUUGAGAUCAGACGUAUAAAAGUUAGAAAGAUAGUAAAUAUAUAUACACGAGCUUACUUUGAGGUAAACCUAUCGUAAGCGGCAAGCAAUCAUGGGCUUCCUCCGACGCCCCCGACUACGGAAUCGCGAUGACCAGCGUACGCGAGCAGCGGAGCUCACGCUGAGAGAGAGUAUUGGGCCGUUGUGUCUUGUUACGAUUUUGUUUUUUCUGUGGGGCUUCUCAUAUGGUCUCAUUGAUACGCUGAACAAGCACUUUCAAAACACGCUGGGAAUUACGCGAUCGCGCUCGUCGGGACUGCAAGCUGCGUACUUUGGUGCGUAUCCGCUUGCGUCGUUGGGACAUGCGAAUUGGAUCUUGCGACACUGGGGGUACAAGGCUACGUUUAUCUGGGGUCUGAUGCUGUUUGGCAUCGGAGCUCUACUUGCAUGGCCGUGCUUGGUGUAUCGCUCGUUCGGCGGCUUUUGUGCGGCCACUUUUGUGAUUGGAAAUGGACUUGGAUCGCUGGAGACGGCGGCGAACCCGUAUCUUGCAGUUUGUGGACCGCCAAAGUACUCAGAAAUCAGAAUCAACAUUGCGCAGGCGUUCAACGGUAUUGGAACCGUCGUUGCGCCCGUACUGGCCUCGUAUGUCUUCUUUGACAACGUAGGAACGGACCAAAAGUCAUUGGAGAACGUGCAAUGGACAUAUCUGGGCAUUGCAUGCUUUGUCUUUGCACUGGCAGUCGUGUAUUACUUUACCGACAUUCCAGAGAUUACUGAUGCCGACAUGGCCUUUCAGGCUGAGAGCGCGAAUGCUGGCACCGACGUCAAGCCGUUCCGCAAGCAGUACCGUCUCUUCCACGCGACGUUUGCUCAAUUCUGCUACACUGGCGCACAGGUUGCCAUUGCCGGCGCAUUCAUCAACUACGUUACUGAAACGCGCGUGAAGAAUGGAAGAGAGACAAGCAAUGCUACGGCAUCACGAUUUCUGGCGGGCGCGCAAGGAUGCUUUACGGCUGGCCGGUUUGCGGGCAGCGCAAUCAUGAAAGUGACCAAGCCGCGAUGGGUGUUUCUUACCUUUAUGACCAUGUGCAUCAUCUUCAUUAUUCCCGCCAUUACCGAGCGAGGCGAUACGGGCAUGAGCAUGCUGUACAUAGUGCUCUUCUUCGAGAGUAUCAUUUUCCCGACAAUUGUGGCGCUGGGCAUGCGUGGACUGGGCAAGUAUUCGAAGCGAGGAUCGGGCUUCAUUGUAGGGGGUGUUGCUGGCGGUGCUGUGGUGCCGCCUCUACUCUUUGCAGCCAGCGACUCACUGGGCAAGCCGAGGCCGCUUGACGGGUAUGCGCCAACUGCGACUGCCAUGACGGUGCCGCUGGCAUUUUUCGUUGCCGCAUCGACGUAUGCCGUCUGCGUUAACUUUGUGCCGGCAUACAGGAGCGUCGUCGACUCUUUCUCGGCAGCCGAGAUUGGCAUCACCAACGCGCAUGCUAAUGAUCCGGAGAAUCAAAUUGUGCACGGUGACAAGGCCGUGUCGCCGGAUCAUACCGAGCAUGUUGACGGCGAGAAGAAGUCAUAGGUGGUGGGUGCUGGGAGCUGGGAGCUGAGAGCUGUGGUGGCUGUGCAUAAGUAAUGGGAAGUGACAGGGGUGCGAAGAUGUGACGAGAGUAAGGUGAGGAUAGUGUCUAUAGUAUAGUAGUACAUAUCAUGAUGAAACAAUAGAGUCAUGACUGCGUGAAACGGGU